CCAUCCGCAUGGUUUACAAAUCUGCGGUACGGACGUCAUCGUUUCAAACGUAAAACUGCGUGUUUGUCGUAAAGUAUUGGUUCGACAUCUGAACAAACAACACAAGUGAUUCCGUGGAUUUCAAUCACUGUAAUAUAAAGAGGAAAUCAGAGUUCCUGAGACAAUGGCAGCGUCCUCUUCCUCAUCUUCCGCUGGAGGAGUAAGCGGCAGCUCGGUCACUGGCUCGGGAUUCAGUGCAUCAGAGCUCAUCCCCCCAAGAAAAGUCUUGUAUACAUAUCCUAAAGGCGCAGGUGAAAUGAUGGAAGAUGGCUCUGACAGAUUUUUAUGUGAGUCUGUAUUCAGCUACCAAGUUGCCUCAACAUUGAAACAGGUUAAACAUGAUCAACAAGUAUCUCGAAUGGAGAAGCUCGCAAGCUUGGUGGAGGAGCUGGAAGCAGACGAGUGGCGCUAUAAACCGAUUGAACAGCUUCUGGGAUUUACACCCUCAUAAAAUAAAAGAAUAUAGAUGCCUUUUAAAAGAGAGUGGCAGAUGCAUUAUUUCAGUUCACAAUUUCUAGUUCAUCUUCAUGGUAUUAUUCUAUAUAUUAAGUGUGUUCUCUAGAUAUAUUGAAUGUAAUGUGUUAUAAUAUCACGCUAUUGUAUGAAUAUGGUCCGCUUUUAAAAUAAACAUGUUUAUUGUUAUUAGCUUUUUCAACAUGUCUGGCUAAUAAAGGUGUUCUGCCAGUUCGAA